AUGUCAACUCCUACUCUACACAGCGCCGCAAUCCCCGCGGUAACGGUCCAAUCGCACGCUUCCAACCUUCUCCAACUCCCCAAUAAGACGCUGCUAUGUGCCUGGUUUGGCGGCUCACAAGAGGGCCUGCCUGAUAUCAGCAUUUGGCUUUCGCGCCUGGAGCCUGGCUGGAACUCCUGGUCAGCUCCGCGAAAAAUAUCUUCCGACGACAACCGCAGUUGCCAGAACCCUGUCCUAUUUAGGGCUCCCAGAACUGGUGAUAUCUGGUUGUUCCACACCUCUCAAGAUGCCGGUAACCAAGAUGGCGCAGUUGUGAUGGCUCGCACAUCUAGUGAUGACGGCGUGACAUGGUCUGAGGCGCGCUACCCUCUUAAAGGGGUUUCCGGUGUAUUCGUGCGCCAACCUCUCGUGGUAUUAGAUGAUGGAACAUGGGUUUUGCCCGUCUUCCACUGCCGAUCUAUACCUGGUCAGAGAUGGAUCGGCAACAACGACAUUUCGGCCGUCUUCUAUUCUAGAGACGAGGGGCAGACUUGGGCGGAAAAUAUCGUCCCCGACAGCAUAGGCGCAGUUCAUAUGAACGUCAUUCGCCCCGGCAAGGGUUCAGAUUAUGUUGCUUUCUACCGGAGCCGAUGGGCCGACAAUAUUUACAGGUCUACCUCGACGGAUGGCCUAUCAUGGACGCCUCCGAAGCCGACAUCCCUACCAAACCCAAACAGCGGUAUCUGUGCUGCUCGUCUGCCUUCGGGCAAACUGGUAAUUGUUUUCAAUCGGUCUGCUUCAGAGCCGCACAUGGCCAAGAGAGAAGGAUUAUACGAUGAUAUCACUCCAGAGGAUGACAAACGUCCCAACCAAGAGUCUGUCAAUGGAAAAACCGCCAUCUGGGGAACGCCCCGAAAGACCUUGACACUUGCCAUUUCUAGUGAUGAGGGUCUUUCAUGGACAGAAAGGGUUCUCGAAGAUGGCGACGGCUUUUGCAUGACGAAUAACUCGAAGGAAAAGACUAAUCGGGAAUUGAGUUACCCAAGCAUCUUUGUGGACUUGGAAGAGCCAGUUGUACACAUAGCAUUCACAUUCUACCGGCAGUACAUUAAGUACGUUAGGAUCGAAGGCAUUGAGAAAUGGGUCGAACAAGCAUGA